GCUCCGCCCCGCAGUCGAGGACAGACAGCGGAGAGACCGAGACAUGUGCUGAGAGAGAGAGAGAGAGAGACAGCGCGCUGUGGAGGGAGGACCGCUCGUCUUUAGGUUGGAAAGACAGAAAAUGUCAUUUCGCACUUGUGAGAGCGUCGUCGGUCUGUGAGGAACAGCAAAGUUGUUGACGCGCAGAAGCGACAUUUAAAGCGCCACGGCAUCAACUUUGCGCGUGAUGCGGCGCGCGCGGGUUCAGCAUCGCGUCUGUGAGAGCACCGCGAGACUGCAACAGAGAUAACUUUCACACGGCAGUUCGUCGGGGAAUUCUAGGCUACUUUUUACUCUCAUUGACUGUUGAUAAAGAAGACCGACUCGCUUCAGGUGGCUUCAGAGAGAGGAGACGCACGGACCGCGCACGCGAGUGUGGAGUACCAGCAGGAUUUUGAGCGCGUGCGUUCGCCUGAAUGGAUGCUUACGAUCUAGCCACUUUUUUACGAGUCUGAGAAAAGUUUUUGAAAGCCGCUGGAAGGGAGAAUGGACGCGAAAAGCGAUCAGUAUUGUAGUUUGACACGCAGCGCGAUCUUCAUGGAAACAUCUCCAGCUAUGGAGGUCGAGAUGCUGGAUGGAUCCUCCGUGAGAAGUUCAUUCGCUGAGCUUUGACUUUACUUGUAUUCCUUCGCUGAAGAAUGUGAUGCGUGUGAAUAAGACUAACCCACACGUGAUCGUUCUUCUUAAGCGCACCUGUUAUUAUUCACUGAGCUUGUAAUUAUCUCCCCGUUUGCGUUGACAUUAUGGACAAGAACUCUAUUGCGUAUCAGAUGGAGUUGACGCUUUUCGCGGUCGUCGUCCUGUUUUGGGUCACCGUGUGUGCGGAUGACAGUAAGAUCAUUUCAGACCGGUAUGCUGUGUACUGGAACAGCACGAAUCCCAGAUUCUUGCAUGGUGAAUACACAGUGGAAGUGGCCAUCAACGACUACCUGGACAUCUACUGUCCACACUACGAGGACCAUCUUCCUCAGGAGCGCAUGGAGCGCUACAUCCUUUUCAUGGUCAACUAUGACGGCUACACCACCUGCAACCACCACAUGAAAGGCUUCAAGCGCUGGGAAUGCAACCGCCCAAUGAGUCCGAAUGGGCCCCUCAAGUUCUCAGAGAAGUUCCAGCUGUUCACACCCUUCUCUCUGGGCUUUGAGUUCCGCCCAGGUCACGAAUACUACUACAUCUCCUCACCACACCCCAACCUCGGUGGGAAGCCGUGUUUGAAGCUGAAGGUGUACGUCAAGCCUACCAAUGACUCUCUGUACGAGUCUCCAGAGCCGUUCCUGACGGAUGACUCCAGCGGUGGUUGGGCAUUAACGCCCAGUCUGUGGCUCAUGCUUCCCUUGUUUUUGCUCCUGUGUCCCUCAUAGCAUUAUUAUCCUCUAAGCAUGACCACGCCCACCCAACCUGCCUCACCCCGCCCCUUCAUGCAUCACAAUGACACGCCACGCCCCUUCAGCUCUGGAGUCCAGCCAACAGACGUUGACAUGGAUUUUUACCAUACCUGCAACCCUGCAGGAAAGCCGCUAACCAGCCCUCAUUUGCAGUGACAAUUAUGCCCUACCCAAAUGCCCAAAUUCAGGCAUUCCUGCUCUUGCUCGACUGACAAAAGACAUGCGAAUUGGCCAGCUUUUUUGAGAGCGCUCUACUUUUCUGCCAACAUCCCACCAUCAUCCGCGUGUCAGGAGACAGAUUCAACCGACUGCCAUCUGAAUCGCUCUGUUUGUCUGCGUUAACCACCUACCUGAGCCUUCACUGUCAUCUGAGCUCAAUUUCCACGUUUGUGAGAGCAUGUGUGAGUGUUGAUGCUCGUGUGUUUGUGCUCAUUGGUGCGUGUAUGCCGAUGUUUGCAUAUGAACAAAUGUACAGAGCAGUCACAUUCCCUUACACAAUUACUAAAAAAAAAACUUGUUCCAUUACUCAUUGAGAGAAGAAGACAAUUGUAUCUGUGAAUCUGCCAAAGACACUACUACUACAAUAAACUUUUUUAAUAAGGGGAGUGGGAAAAAUACUGGCUUUGGUAGGAGAUUACAUGCAACCAUGGAACAUUUCAGGCUUUUAGAGUCAUGGGAGGGGAGUGACAGACAACAGUGUAGAAUUUUCUAUUAUUAUCUUUCUUUUUUUUUGUCAUACAAAAAGAAACAAAAAACAAGAAUGUUGCAUAGAUUUAAAAAAAAAACUAGCUAAAAAUUGCCUUUUUUCACUGGUGCUUAAUCUGAAAUGAACUUGUCUGUCUUGAACUGCAAAAAGAUCAUUUUCUUAGUUAUUAUUUUUUACUUGUUUUCAAGAAAAGAUAUUAAAACCUUUGCAAAACAAGAUGCAUUUAAUUGUGAAAUAAAAUUGUGUAGGAUAUAUUAUUUCAAAUAAAAGUCUUACAUUGAGUGACAUUUUAUUUAUCCUAUUGGAAAAUUAUGGAGCUCCUGAAGUGACCUUUGUUUAAAAAAUAAAGUAAAAAAAGAAAAAAUAUAAAAAAAAAAAAAGAAAUACCAGAUGAAAAUGAAUAAAACAUUUUCUUGUUUUUUUUCACAAUAGAGCAACCGUUUUUCUCAUUCACGUCAAGUGAACAGAAAAUGGUUAUGUUUUUGUUCAGAGGUUUUCCACAUUCAAAAGUGUUUACAAGAUUUUUUGUACAUACAAAAACUUUCUUAAAACACUUUAAUUUGCAUAUAGAUGUUGCCCAUGCAAAAGUUUCUUGUGCACAUUGCAAACAAAAAAAUAAUAAAUUCUGGUCCAUUGUGAAUUCAUUGUGUGUAUAAAUGUUUUUUUUUUUUUUUUUGGUUGCUGUUGUUGUUUUUUUAUGCAUGUACCACUGAAAAAAAAUAAUGCAGGAUUUACUUUUAAACAAAUUUCACACAUAAAUUGUAAAGUUACAAAGAAACGACGAGCAGAUUCUGAAGUAUAAAAGAAUAAAAUAUUUUGUUUUUGUUUUGUUUUUUGUUUUUUUACAACUUCUGUACAAUUUUGUACAAUGUACAUGCUUUUUGUGGCACUUUAGGGGCUCCAUAGCAAAUAAUAAUCUUUUUUAUUUCCUUGCUUAAGCAUAAAUCUAACAAAAUUUUGUGAGGUUUACGUUUAAGAAUUCUUCUUUUUAUUUUUCCAUAAUAAUAAUAAUAAUUCUAGAGAUAUAAAUUGGGGGGAGAAAAGUGUGAGAUUUAUUAUUUCAAAUAAUAAUCUUACACUGAGAGACAUUAUAUUUUCUCUUUUGGAAAAUUAUGGUCUUAAUAUCUUACCCAAAUAUACACAAGACGAAAAUACAGAUUAAGAGAAUGUAUUUCUGCAGUGUAUACAGUGCCAAGUGGAAGAGGGGAUGUCUGUGUCCAGAAAGUGUUUGUUGUCAGGUCAGCUUUCUAACUUUGGUCCCAGCCUGUGUCGCUCUCUGUAUCUGCCUCUCUCUCUCUCUCUGUUUCUCUCUCGCUGUCAUUUUGGAAUGUGGUCAGUUCUAUGUGCCGCCCCGUCAUGCAUAGAUCUCCCACACUUGCACUUGCUCCCUUUAUCCGUGCUGAGGAGGACCGCUGAACCAGAGGCCUCAGGACCCUGAGCGCCCGGUCCCCGUGACAUCGCUGUGACAUCACAGGCCUUGGCGUAAAGACUGACGGACCGAGGCCUUGCACUGCAACUAGAAGCGCUACAUGAGACUCCAUAUGAGGGAUUCGAAAUCCACAUAGCACUUCUGCUUUUGAGACAAUUUCAUGAAGAAAAAAAAGAACAGAAAGGAGAAACUAUAAAGAUGUGGGAAUAUUUGUGCGUUGGAAUUGUUUUGUGACUGUAAAAAUAUAUGUCAUGAAGAUUUCAAGGCAAGUCGGCAUGGAUCGUCUAAAAGAACGAGCAACGUUUUUUAAAUGUUUGUUGGAACUUUUAUAUUUUACUUUUUUUUUCCUGUGUUAUUUUUAACUUUUCAAAAGAGCAGCAGAAAUUAUUCAUAUGUGAUAUGAAAAUAUAAUGUAGACCCUUGAAUUAUUAGAGCAACGUUGGUACCAGUUCUGCAGUUACAUGAGUCUAGACGAGUCAGAUGUUGCUGUUGUUGUUGUUGUUGUUUCCUGCUUGUAUCACGAUGCAUUCUGGUACAUGUAGUCCUGAAAAUGUUUUUUUUUUCUCCAAGUGUUACUAUGAGAUUAUUUUUAUUUGUUAAUCAUGUGGAUAAACAUAUUUUGAGUUCAUAUAAAAUGUUCAAAUGCUCUGGCAAAGGACAACUACAAGAAAAAAGGAAAAAAUGAAAUAAAGCUUUUUGUUUAAAUCA